CCCAGAUAGUACGACGCCUAUGAAACCAUCAUCACUGAUUCAAGAGAGAGAGAGAGAGAGAGAGAGAGUGUGUUAUUGCUAUUGCUGCAGCAGUGCUGAGUCGAAUGAGAGAGAGAGAGUUAUUGCUGCAGCAGUGCUGAGUCGAAGUGAGAAGAUAACGACGAGGACGAUGUCACGUUCGUGAAGCAAAAACAAAGCGUGUCGUGUCCGGCUCAGGAUAAGCUAGCUUAUCCCCAUUUCCUACAUUUUUUGAUUUUGAUUCGUUUUCUUCCAAUCUUGUUUUGCGAAGUAGUUAAGCGAAAGGAAAGGGAUAAACCAAAGCAAAGCAAAGCGAACUACUAGUAUAGUAAUUCUUCUCCAAGAUAGUGUUUGUUAAUUUCGCGAAAACAAGUUUUGGAAACAGCUGCUCUCUCGUUGGCCAUGAGAUGGACAGAGCAAUUGCUGCUUCUCUCGUUUUUGGCGGUCGGAGUUCUUCGAAGGGCGACGCUUGGCGCCAAUGUCACGCACGAUCACCGAGCUCUGGUGAUCGACGGCCGGCGCAGGGUCCUCAUCUCCGGCUCCAUUCACUACCCCCGUAGCACUCCCGACAUGUGGGCAGACCUUAUCCAGAAAUCUAAAGACGGAGGAUUGGAUGUGAUCGAGACCUACGUUUUCUGGGACUUACACGAACCAGUUCGAAACCAGUAUGAUUUUGAAGGAAGAAACGAUUUAGUUAAAUUUAUCAAAUUGGUCGGGGACGCUGGUUUAUAUGCUCAUCUACGUAUCGGUCCUUAUGUCUGCGCUGAAUGGAACUAUGGGGGAUUUCCUCUUUGGUUGCAUUUCAUACCUGGGAUCAAGUUCCGAACUGAUAAUGAGCCAUUUAAGGCGGAAAUGCAGCGAUUUACAGCCAAGAUCGUAGACUUGAUGAAGCAAGAAAAGCUCUAUGCAUCCCAAGGUGGACCCAUUAUCCUAUCUCAGAUUGAAAACGAAUAUGGGAACAUUGAUUCGGCGUUUGGAUCUGCCGGCAAAAGAUAUAUCAAUUGGGCAGCAAGCAUGGCUGCAUCUUUGGAUACAGGAGUGCCCUGGGUGAUGUGCAAUCAAGCGGAUGCACCUGAUCCUAUGAUCAACACUUGCAAUGGUUUCUAUUGUGACCAAUUCACCCCUGCUUCUGCAAACAGACCGAAAAUGUGGACUGAGAAUUGGACCGGAUGGUUUCUUUUAUUCGGCGGUGCUGUGCCCUACAGACCUGUGGAAGACAUUGCUUUUGCUGUGGCACGUUUUUUCCAGCGCGGGGGAACCUUCCAAAAUUAUUACAUGUACCAUGGUGGGACUAACUUUGGCCGGACUACCGGUGGGCCAUUCAUUGCUACGAGUUAUGAUUAUGACGCUCCAAUUGAUGAGUAUGGAUUUCCUAGACAACCUAAGUGGGGCCACCUCAAAGAUGUGCAUAAAGCCAUAAAGCUGUGUGAACAGGCAAUGGUGGCCACUGAUCCAGCAAUUAGUUCUCUUGGUUCAAAUUUGGAGGCAAGUGUUUAUAAAACAGGUUCAGGUUUGUGUGCUGCUUUUUUGGCCAAUGUUGGUACCCAAUCAGAUGCAACUGUGAACUUCAAUGGCAAUUCUUAUCAGUUACCCCCAUGGUCUGUGAGCAUCUUACCUGACUGCAAAAAUGUAGUGCUCAACACCGCAAAGAUUAAUUCUGCAACUACAAUUCCAAAAUUUGUGCGUCAAUCUUCGAGCGAUACAGUUGAUGCUUCAGGAGGAUUUAUGUCUGGCUGGAGUUGGUUUAACGAACCAGUUGGUAUCUCGAGUAGCAAUGCAGUCAUGAAACCGGGGUUAUUAGAGCAAAUAAAUACUACAGCUGACGAAAGUGACUAUCUAUGGUAUUCGCUAAGCACUAACAUUGAAGUUGAUGAGCCUUUUCUUAAAGAUGGAUCUCAUACAGUUCUUCAUGUGGAAUCUUUGGGCCAUGCCCUUCAUGCUUAUAUUAAUGGGAAACUUGCAGGGAGCGGGAAAGGAAACAGUAACGAUGCUAAGGUUUCCAUUGACGUUCCCAUCACUCUCAUACCCGGAAAGAAUAAGAUUGAUCUCUUGAGUUUGACAGUUGGACUUCAGAACUAUGGAGCAUUCUUUGAUGAAAAGGGUGCAGGGAUUACUGGUCCAGUGAAGCUGGUAGGUGUAAAUAAUGGAUCUACCGUUGAUCUCUCAUCACAGCAGUGGACAUAUCAGACUGGACUAAAAGGUGAAGAGUUAGGACUCUCCAAUGGAGGUUCUUCAGCUUGGGUAUCAGGAGCUACCUUACCCAAGGAGCAACCCUUGAUUUGGUACAAGACAACUUUUGACGCCCCUUCCGGCACCAUCCCAGUUGCCCUGGACUUCACGGGGAUGGGAAAAGGCGAGGCGUUUGUGAAUGGGCAGAGCAUAGGGCGCUAUUGGCCAACUUAUAUCGCUCCAUCUAGCGGUUGCACAGACUCCUGCAAUUACAAAGGCUCUUAUUCUUCAAACAAAUGCCUCAAGAAUUGUGGGAAACCCUCUCAGCAACUGUACCAUGUGCCUCGAUCGUGGCUGAAACCGAGCGGGAACACCCUGGUUUUGUUCGAGGAAAUGGGCGGGGAUCCAACGCAACUGUCUUUUGCCACAAGAGAGAUAGGAAGCUUGUGCUCUCACAUCUCGGAAUCUCACCCCCAGCAUGUGGAAACGUGGAGAUCAAGCCGGAAGAGAGGGAGCAGACCAGGGCCUGUACUAUCACUGGAAUGUCCUUUAACUGAUCAGGUCAUUUCCUCGAUAGAAUUCGCAAGCUUCGGAACGCCUAGCGGGAGUUGUGGAAGUUUCAGCCAUGGCAGUUGCAGCAGCACCCAGGCUCUUUCCAUUGUACAGAAGGCCUGUGUUGGAUCGAAGAGCUGCCGCGUGGAUGUCUCGAUCGAUACGUUUGGCGACCCGUGUAUUGGAGUGACCAAGAGUUUAGCAGUAGAAGCUGCUUGUACAUGAAUAGAUCGAACAGUACCGUAGCAUUGGGCUCUCUGGUGUCGAAAGCAAAGCGUCGUCCCCAAGGGAAUAAAUAGUCCAAUUAGUUAGUAGUAUUUUCUGAAAAUGAAAUGACUGGCGAAAUUCGAUGCUAGAUUUUAUCUGCUCCCUUGUAAUAAGAGAGAAAAGGUAUCGCCGUAUCUUCUCCGCUUGGUAAUAUAAGGGAUGCAAGUGUUGUCUGAAA